AUAUGAUGAUGACGAUCUGAAGGUGAAGACCCAGAGACCUCGAUCAGCUGACCAGCCAGGUGUGUUUCAGGCACAAACUGGUGACCCUGCGGCAGAAGAGUGGUCACAGUGGAGUGUGUGUUCUCUCACAUGUGGGCAAGGCUGGCAAGUGAGGACGCGUUCAUGCGUUUCUUCUCCCUAUGGGACACUGUGCAGCGGAGCCCUGCGGGAAACGCGAAUGUGCAACAACACUGCAUCCUGUCCAGGUGAACCUGGGAUCACAGGCUCAGUGCAUGGGCUAUGGGAGGAGUGGUCGUCAUGGAGUCUCUGCUCUGUGACCUGUGGGCGGGGCUCCAGAACGCGAACCAGGAAGUGUGUGAACGGAGGCGGGGCUGUGGCUUGUGGACGGCCCGAGAGUCAGACCAAACUCUGCAACAUAGCCGUGUGUCCUGUGGAGGGCCAGUGGUUGGAGUGGGGGCCGUGGUCGAGAUGCAGUGCGACUUGUAACACUGGAACCCAGCAGAGGCAGAGACGCUGCAGUGCGUCGGUGCACGGCUGGGCUGAAUGUAAGGGCCCACAUCAGGAGAGCAGAGAAUGCACCAACCCUUCCUGCAGUGGUGGAGGUAACUGGGGCAACUGGAACCACUGGAGUCUCUGCAGCAAGACGUGUGACUCCGGCUGGCAGCGUCGCUUCAGGAUGUGCGAGGGCACCGGAAUCCAGGGCUACCCCUGCGAUGGCUCGGGAGAGGAGGUCCGGUCCUGUAAUGAGAAGAAGUGCCCUGCUCCUCAUGAGAUAUGUAAAGAAGAGCACCUUCUCUCUAUGUCAUGGAAGAGAGCCUCAGCUGGAGAAACUGUCUACAACAAGUGUCCAACUAACGCCACUGGAUCUGCUAGUCGUCGUUGCAUGCUGGACAAUAAUGGAGUUGCUUUCUGGGGUCCUCCGAGCUUCGCCAGAUGCGUCUCACUUGAUUAUAGAUAUUUACAUUUAUCUUUACGAGAGCAUCUCGCGAAGGGUCAGAGGACCCUGGCUGGGGAGGGCAUGUCUCAGAUCGUAAGGACUCUCCUGGAGCUCUUGCAGAGGAGAAGCUACUACAGUGGCGACCUUCUCUUUUCCACGGAGAUCCUGCGAAAUGUGACGGACACCUUCAAAAGAGCAACCUACAUCCCAGCUCCCGACGACGUGCAGAAAUUCUUCCAGAUACUCAGCCUAAUGUUGGACAUGGAAAAUGUAGAGAAAUGGGAGGACGCCCACCAGGUCGCUCCCGGUGCUGCUUUGCUGAUGAGGAUAGUCGAAGAUUUCAUUCACCUCAUCGGAGAAGCCCAGAAGCCUUUCCAGAGUUUCCUGGUGGUUACCAACAACCUCAUGAUAACCGUCCAGCGAGAGCCGGUGUCUGCCGUUUCCAGCGAUAUAAACUUCCCCAUGAAGGGCCGGAGAGGGAUGAAGGACUGGGCCAGAACAGCAGAGGACAAGCUCUACAUCCCUAAAGAGGUCUUUACCAUCCCUGCUGAAGAGACAGAGACAGAGUUAGAGUCUCCAAUGUACUAUGUCAUCGGAGCCAUCUUGUACAGGACGUUGGGCGUCAUCCUACCUGCACCAAACCCCCCUGCGGUGAUCAACUCCAAGAUCCUGACAGUGACAGUUCGGCCGGAACCACAACCCAGCAAGCCCAUGGUGGUGGUGGAGCUGUUACCGCUUUUUAAUGGUACAUCAGAUCCACAGUGCGUUGUCUGGGACUAUGGCAACCCGGAAGCUGGCGCAGAAAACUGGGGCACAGAAGGCUGCCAAACAUCCCCGUCAACCGCAGUCCACACCAAAUGCCUGUGCAGCAGGAUUUCCACCUACGCCGUGUUAGCGCAGCAAGCUAAAGACCCGGAAAUGGGUCCUACCAGCAUGCCCUCUGUGCCCCUCAUGGUGGGCUGUGGGGUCUCCUGCACUGCUCUGCUCAUCCUGCUGCUAAUCUACGCUGCCUUCUGGAGGUACAUUCGUUCGGAGAGAUCCAUAAUCUUGGUGAAUUUUUGCCUCUCCAUCUUGGCCUCCAACUUACUGAUUUUGGUGGGACAAUCUCAAACGCUCAGCAAGGGCCUCUGUACUGUGACUGCGGCCUUUCUGCAUUUCUUCUUCUUGGCGUCCUUCUGCUGGGUGCUGACGGAGGCGUGGCAGUCCUAUCUGGCUGUUAUUGGCAAAAUGAGGUCACGACUCAUUCGCAAGCGUUUUCUGUGCCUCGGCUGGGGUCUUCCAGCCCUAGUUGUAGCAGUGUCAGUGGGUUUCACCAGAGCGAGAGGUUACGGCACAGCCAGCUAUUGCUGGCUGUCCUUGGAGGGCGGUCUGCUUUAUGCCUUCGUUGGGCCUGCUGCUGUUAUUGUAUUGGUGAAUAUGCUCAUUGGAAUCGUGGUGUUUAACAAGCUCAUGUCUCGAGAUGGCAUCUCAGACAAGUCUAAAAAGCAGCGAGCGGGUGUCCCAGCGGAGGCGCGUAGCCGACUGCUCCUGAAAUGCUCCAAGUGUGGCGUGAUCUCGAGCACCGCUCUGUCCAGCUCGACUGCCAGCAGCGCCAUGGCGUCUCUGUGGAGCUCCUGCGUAGUUCUUCCCCUGUUAGCAUUAACCUGGAUGUCAGCAGUGCUGGCCAUAACCGACCGGCGCUCCACACUCUUCCAGGUCCUCUUUGCAGUGUUUGACUCUGUCCAAGGUUUUGUCAUCAUCACCGUCCACUGUGCAAUGCGCCGAGAGGUGCAGGAUGCAGUGCGCUGUAGGAUGGGGGGAUGUAAAGAUGACAGCGAAAACUCACCAGACUCCUGCAAGAACGGACAGGUGCAGAUCAUGACGGAUUUUGAGAAGGAUGUGGACUUGGCAUGUCAGACAGUCAUAUUCAAGGAGGUGAACACCUGUAACCCAGCCACCAUCACUGGGACCCUUUCCCGCAUCUCCCUGGAUGAUGAGGAUGAUCCCAAACUGGCAGGCCAUCAGGAGGGGGGAGUGGGGGUCAACUUUACCUCCCUCCCCGGGAACAUCCCCCCUCCCAACCUCAUCGUACAGGUUCCAAAUCUCGGCGGCCUCAAUGAGCUAAGCGAGACGCCUCUAAAAAAGGAGGUGAACGUAGAUCAGCAGAGACAACAGGGGCAGCAACGCAGCGGCGCUCCAAUCUACCUGUGCACCGAGAGUGGCCUGGGCUGGGCUCGACCGCCCCCUUCCUCCAACACCUCCCAGGACGGAAGUGGCGGAAGCGUGGGGAGUGGUGGAGUGGGAGGAGGAAGUGGAGGAGGCGGGGAGGGAGACUACAUGGUCUUACCUCGUAGGACGGUCAGUCUGAAGCCUCCAGCGCCCUCCUCCCAGGGAGGAGGCCUGGGACUGGGGGGCGAGGACCAGCCUCUUAACAUCGCAGUGGAGGAUCCUCCCUUCCCCCCGCCUCCCUCACCUCUGACCCUCCACCCAGCUGAGAGUGAGGCGUACCCGGCGGAUUUUGUGCCGUCGAGUGUGGGCGACAUGAACAUCGCCAUGAACCUCAACCGCUCCUAUGGGACGAUCAAAACCAUGACCCACGGGCACAGCCACAUGAUGGCUCAGGGUGGUCUCGUACACUCCCACGGAGGACACAUGCACUCCCACGGGCAUUCGCUCCAGCUGAAGCCAGGCCAGAGGCCGUCGGUCAGACAGAUUCUGACAGGGGGAACCGCAGUGGAGAGAACCAGGACCCUGCCACGCAACCUGGGCAGCACCAAUGCCAACAGCAGCCUCUCAGCAGGAUCCCUAGAGAGGAAAAGAGUACGGUACUCUGAGCUGGACUUUGAGAAAGUGAUGCACACUCGCAAAAGACAUUCUGAGCUGUACCAUGAGCUCAACCACUCGUCCAAGUUCCACACCAUAGACAGGUAUAGCAGGGACCCAGCCAUGUCCACAUUCAAGAGGGAAAAGAGAUGGAGCAUUUCGUCUGCCGGAGGUGAAAAGAACUCGUCGAGUGACAAGUCCACCCCAGAGGACCAGAGCUCCUGGGACAGCUUCAAGAACAUGACCCCCGAGCUGUCCAUCGUGCCUGGGGAGCAAAAGGACCGGAUGGAGCUGCACAAUAAGAACUGGGACUCUUCAGCUAACACGCCUGACUCGUCCGAGGGAGACUUCCAGACUGAAGUGUGAAGACACACACACAUACACACACACUCAAUUGAAUACGCCCAUGCUCAUUGCCGAGGCGACCUUCUGAAAAGCUAUACAUACUGUAAGUACAUGAUUUCUCACAAAGAUCUCACACACACUGCUCCUCGUCUCCUGCAAAGUGCUCCUGUUGGAUCCCAUACUGUAUUUGUUUACUGCUGCUGAGGACAGACGUGGAAAGAAGACUGUUCUAACCUAUAUUUUCGCAAAGACUAUUGAAAAGAAAGAACAGGGGCUUGACACAUCUGGGACUGAAGACAUUUUUUAAAUGAACUUAAAAGAAACUAUGAAAAACUUAUUUCUGAGAAAAAAUGUCUUGAUUUUAUUCUGGAGAAAAAAGAAAAUCUCUUUCAAUUGUUUUGAUGAUUUGGGGAGGGGGGAAGAAAGAGAAUAUUUCUGCACCAUUGAGUUCUUUUUAUAGCAAGGGGGGAAAAAAUCUCACUGAGGUUUCUCACACUGGUAGCCCCCCUAGGCACCCUGCUUUCAUUUAUUUCUUUUUCCCUUCUAAUGGAUGACGGAAGCAUUUGAUCUCUGUCUUUCCUUUUUAUUUAAAAUCUUUUUCUUGUCAUUUUGGACGGAGAGUGGAUGGGGGACGGGGGAAGAGCUGCUCCUUGAAAUGUGCCAUCCUCACUAAUUUUUUCAGGUCCCAGUUCAACAAUCACAUCCAUCCAUUCCUCUCACAUCCUCUGUGUCAACACUGUAUUCCCCCUUAUUUGUGUAUUUUCUAUGGUUUAGUUUAAAAAAAAAAAAAGUCCUCCUCUAUGGUUUGAAACUUUUAAUGAAAAAAAAUAAUAUGAUUGAAACAACUGUUCAAGAAGAAUUGAUUUAUUUUCAGACUGGUUUGAUUUCUGCUUCAGCUGCCUUUUUUCAUUUUUUUUUUUUCAUUUCCUGUGAGAAUUAACCCAUGUGGAACUUGAAAAAAAAAGAUUCAGGACACACACAGCACAUAAAUGUGAGCUUACUUUCUGAGGUAAUGUGUGCCGCAUGCUAUCCACCCACGAGGGAAAAGGAUAGUGAUCGCCAUGCAGAUUCUCCUUCUUUUUUUUCUCCCAGUGCUUGGAGAUAAAAAACCUUUAAAGAUUGCAGCAUCUGAAUCUAUUUCAGCCAUCACCAAUCACAGUGAAAAAGAGACUAUCUCAGUCAUUUUCGACCCAAAUGGAAUCCGUGCGAGCUCGGUUUAGCAUCUCUCAUUCUCAAAAACGUACGCUUAUGCCGCCGAGUGAAAUAUCAGAGCAAGCAGCCAGUUUAGCGGCUGCUUGCUCUUCUCCUGUAACUGAGGGAAUAUUGUUAGCUUCACAUGACCUAAGGAGGUUUUUCAAGCCAAUAUGUCAAACUAGAUACAACCUGAGCCAAAUUGUUUUCUUUUCCCAAGAACCCCAUCAUGGAUUUAAAGAUAAACAUGCCUUCCUUUGCUUUUGUCUAUUGCCGCCUCCUCGUUUCCCCUUCUCCUACUGCCCACCCAGCGUCGUGCUACAAUAAGGCAUGAAAUCUUAAUGUUAGCAGUGAAGCCAGAUGUUUAAUUUCUCCUUCUCAUGGAUCCCUGUCAGUGUGAUUGUAUCCUGCACUUGUGAGCAGAGCAGAAAGAGAGUGAAAUAGAAAGACAGAGAUGGAGUCAAAGAGGUUAUGAGGCUACAAGGUGGCAAACUGAAGAGGAAACCGGCGAAACAAAAGAAAAGCCAGUGGUGAUGCUACCUGCAUGACAUUCUAGAGCCGUACUUCUGUCGCUACAAGAGGAAAACCAGUUUCCUGCUGUUGCUAUAUAGGCACAUCAGUCCUCCGCACACCGACAGAGAGAGGGUCAGAGUCCAGGAUGAAUUCAAUAGAUGGCUCUAUGACUUUUCUGUCUAUGUUAAAGUGGCUCCCAUUAAUUUAACAGUUUGCAGAAAGAGAUGAGAGACAGUUUAGGGAGAAAAAAGAAAAUGGUAGCCACGGGAAAAAGAUCUGAAUAUAUAUAUAUAACGAGAAAGCUAGAGGCAGGCAAAGAUGCAGAUUAAGAAGGGGAGUGCUCAAAACAGUAAUUAUCCAGGGAUGGCGAUUUGUCCUGACAUUUUCCAAUUCAGCCCUCAAACCAUCUGUUUAAAGAUCCCUAAUGUGGUAGUAGAGCGGCACGGCGCAGAUGGUGAGACGAGUGCGGCCCUUCUAACCUUUCAAGCUAAUCAGCUGAUAGGCGAACCUACACCCUGCUCGCUCUCAGAGGAGCCAGAUAGGACAGACAGGUUACAGAGCGAAGGUCACAUUCACCUCACCUUCCAUGAGGCUCGGGAUCCAGAUCUACUCUACAGUGUGUCCAAACAUGAAAAAAAGCCCGUCCGAGUACACAGUCUCAGUCAAUGGGUGUUAAUCUAUAGCAGAAGAAAACAUCUGUCUCAGGGGAAACAGAUUUGACCUUUACACAGACACCCUAGGUUUUUAUUUAUAAAAGUGAACAUUUUAGAGAGAAUGCUCAAGAUGAGUUUGCUACAAAGCCUUGUUCCCAUGGUAACUUAUAAAUGGGAUUUAAAGUAAGAAAUGUGAAUGUUUGAUUCGAGCGCAGUAUGAGAUUUUGUUACCUCUUCAGUUGGUGAGCUUUUCCUUAUUUUGAACAGUAUGACAGGUUUCACCUCAGUGAGGGCUGGACUUAAAGUUUUCAUCUUCAGGAACGGUAAGUGAGAUGUUGCUUCAUUGAUUGGGAUUGAGAGUGAAAUGUCUGACCGAUCAUCUUAAAAUUUUACAGUUGUCUUUUCUAUGAUAAGCUCUGGUUAUGAUGCGAAUGCUAACAUAUGACGUUGAUGGUAAGAGUAUGUUAGUAUGUCAUGUUGUGAUCCUUU